AAUAAACAUCAUCCUCCAAGUCCUCUAUUAGGCCCACUUGGGUCUUCGUCUGUUUAAAGACUUAGGGCAGUCUGAGUUUAUAAUGCAAUAAAAUAAUCUAGUUGUUCUUGUUGGACUAUGAUUACACCCCUCCUUUAAUUUCACACAUGCUCUUGAAGGGAAAUAAAGCCAAAAAAUUUAAAAUUUGGGAAAAAGGAGCUCUAUUAUCUCGAUCUUCCUCUUUCUCUGUCAAAGGGGAUCUUGGGGAAGCAUUUAAUAUCAUACUUUCCUUUACCAAUCGAAGAAAACAAAUGCGUUCAGAUAUGCUUCAUGACAGAAAUUAAAUAUUGCUGAUAUUUGCUAUCAAGGGCCACUAUGGGUGAAAAUGCAAAAAGGCGAAAGUCUCUGUGGGAUGAAGAAGACACUCGAAAUAGUCCGGAUUAUGAGGAAUGGGGACCUCCAAAAGCCGACAAUUCAUGGCAGUCCAAAAAUAAAUCUGGUUGGUCGUCCGGGGACAAUGUUACAGGAGCAGAAGAGCUGAGGAAGGAAAACUACCAUUAUAAGAGCAUGUCUCCAGCUUUUGAUAGGCGGGGAAGGCGAAGCACUAGCCACUCUCCGGAUAAUGGUCGGGCUCAGUCCCGCAGAUACCCAGGAAGAGCCAGGAGCAGGAGCCGGGGAAGGGGAGAAGGUAGGAGCAGGAGUCGCAGCAGGGGAAGGGACAGGUUUAGGACCAGGAGCAGAAGCAGAAGCAGGAGUAGGAGCAGGGACAGGGACAGAGACAGAGACAGAGACAGGGGGAGUAUGAGAGUUCAGAAUAGGAGUCGUAGUCCUCUCCGUAAUUCUAAACGUGAUCCAUAUGCAUCAGGUGAUAGAAGAACCGGCCCUCGUAUGUCUUCCCAGGUAUGCAGAGAUUUUGCAGCGGGGAAUUGUAGGAGAGGCAGUGACUGCAGGUUCUUUCAUCCAGAUGGUGCCAAUCAUAGGGAUGGAGGCCAUUCAGAGGAUAACUUGGCAGAAAGAUUGGGUAGUCGACCAGAGCGUGGACAUAUCUCAAGGUAUGCUGCUAGAGAAGGUCCUGGGUACCAAUCAAGGGAUAGGCUUCCUGACAUGCAUCAUUUGGAGGAUGAGCUGCACAGAAACCGGAGUAGGGGUACAAUUACUUGCAGGGAUUUUGUGAAAGGCAACUGUCGCUGGGGUGCAUCAUGCAGAUUUUCCCAUGAUGGUGCCUCAGGUGAUAACUAUGACAAAGGCACUCGAAGUGCAUCCUUUGAUCAUGGUCAGGACAAUCAAGCAAGCAGAACUGGAAAAUCACUUUGCAAGUACUUUGCAGCGGGGAAGUGCUUGAUGGUUGAUUGCAAAUUCUCUCAUGAUGCCACAUCAAGAAAUAAUGAAAUUAGGCCCUCAGAUGACAUUGGUGGCCAUAGGUUUGAUGACAAGAAUAAUAACUGGUUGAAUGAUCCUAAGUGGGAUGAUGAAGGAAGGCCCUCGGACCUUGUAAAGGCUAGUGGGUGGGAUGAAAGUGUUGUGAGAAAAGAUACUGCUGUCACAGUUCUUCCGGAUAGGACCAAUGAAAGACCGGGCCAUAGUUUUGAAAACGAGAACAGAGUCUGGGGACGCACAGAACCACAAUUUAUGAAUUCUGACAGAGAGAGAGGUGCUUCUCCUCACAUGGGGAGUGCUGGUAAUCCUAAUGCUUUGAACAUCUCAGAAUCUUCGGUUAUACAAAACUUUACAAAUACUCAAGAUAUUCAUCUCACUUCCCAACCGUCUGAUCUAAAUAUGGAGAGAACUUCGGCACAUGUCCUUGGACAUAAUUCAAAUCAAGAAGCUUCAGGCAUCAUUCUAUCUGCCACAGCCACUCAGCCUUAUGGAUCUGCUGGAUCUUUUGUACAGCCACAGGGACUGACAGAGGAUAGCAUUGCCAGAACACUUGGUUCCAAUGCAGUAAAUGAAUUUAUGAAUACUAGAGACAUUGUUCAUCACGCCCGUUUGCCUGGACAGAGCUUCAGUGGAACAGGUACUGGUAUGAGUUCGGAACAUUCGGCAGUUCUGAAUGGAACACACCAAGAACCGAAUGUGUUCUUACCUAUCCCAUCAACUGGCCACAAUAAGAGAGAAGCACCUGGCACACCAGAGAUGCCGGAAUUCAAAUUCCCUCAAAAUCUUUCCGGUACUGUUACUGGUGAGCAAUUACCCCAAAUGGAAACCUCUCCAACAUCAAUGAUAAAAAAUUUUGGGGAAGGACUGCGAGAAGCCCAACUACAAAGAGUCUUAAAUCCCUCUGGUCCUUCAGGAAUGCCACCUUCAAAUCCCAUUUCUUCACUUGUUCAUGCUAUAUAUGGUCAGAUCAAUCCCGAGAUGAGGGUUUCAGAUAACUACCAUCCCCCAGAUGGCUUAGAGCUAGAUACAUCUGCCAACUUUAAGUUGCCCCCUGACAGUUCGUCCUAUUUGGAUAGAGAUAGUAAUAAGGUUCCGAUGGAGCAAAUGAAUCAAUCAUCUACUGUUGAUCCUGAACUUGGAAAUAAUGAUCAAAUUGAUGAAGUGAAGCAGCAGGAGAAUAAAUUAGUUGAAGUCAUUGGAAAAGAUAAAUUAGCUCCUGAGGAGUCCAAGGAUGGGCAAGAAAAUGAUCAUCCAGGAGCUAUGAAUAUGCAUGGAAAGGCUGACGAGGGAAACGGUAACAAAGAUGAAAAGGUGAUGCGAUUGUUCAAAAAUGCUCUAAUAGAGUUUGUUAAGGAGAUCCUAAAACCCAUUUGGAAAGAAGGUAAGAUGAGCAGAGAAGUUCACAAAACUGUUGUUAAGAAGGUGGUUGAUAAGGUGACUAGUACAAUUCAAGGAGAACAUGUUCCUAAGACGCAAGAGAAAAUAGAGCAAUAUCUGGCCUAUUCAAAGCCAAAAAUUACCAAACUUGUACAGGCGUAUGUGGAGCGACUUCUGAAGAAUGAAGCAUGAGAUGCCGUGUUUAUAUUUGCUCUCCCUUUUCUCUUCUGGAAAAAUCAAAUUCAAUAAGGAUUUGAUUUUCCAACAUGUACUGAAGGUUUAGCAAUGCUAGAUGUCUUACUUGGUUUUGGUGAAAGUCACAUCUGCUCACAGAUUCCACUAGUUUGAUAGAUUUGGUUUUGCAAGCAAUUUUCUGUUACUCCCACCAUUUAUUUUCUGAUUUACCCUUGUUUGAGCAUUAUAUGUAUUUGGCCUUUCCAUCUUACAGAUUCAAGUACAUGGUAGUUUCGUUUCUUGUUUGUCUGAUACAAUAUUCUGGUGUGUUCCAGGCUUUAUCUAGUUGGGGUAUUCAGUUCA